AUGGCUUCAACGGUGUCUGGCUCUGGGGACUUCACUCACUUUUCUAAUAGCCGGGUUAUGAGCCCGUGCAGCGUUAAAAGUAUUGAGAAGAACUUAGAAACUCAUACGGCACAGUGUGUGAGGAAAUUCAAGCAUCCUGACAGCAACCAUAUGUCAACAAAACCGCAGGAAAUUAUCUCCUUGUCUCCUGGCGAGAUGAUUGGUUUACGGCAACAGUGCCAGGUUUCAUUUGGACCACAUUACGGAGUAUGCCCUAGCAAGGAGUAUUUUCUGGGUCGAGAUAUAUGCGCUCGAGUUUGGUGUAAAGAUAGGACCAAACCAAGGAGUGAUCCAUGUGAAACGAGAACGUACUUCCCCGCGUUAGACGGCACCGAGUGUGGUCGUACCAAGUGGUGCAUAGCGGGACGAUGCGUUGAGAACCCUAAGAGACUUCAAGGCAAGUUUUAUUGUUUCCUUGUUCAGCCCCGAUGGUACGAAAAGUCCUCAUUAUUUGCCAGCCCCUCCUAUUCUGACGUGUUGGCAACAGAGAAAAGUACAAGCGCCAAACUCCACUGGAGACCUAAUUUACUUCUCAUUUCAGAAUGCUCAGAUCUCAACGAGAAGACUUGCCGAAAGUAUUCCAAAGCGAAAUUGCGUCACUACUGUAAGGCGACGGAUUUCAAGGAAAUUUGCUGCCGUUCUUGUGAACAGUUGAAGGAUCUCUGA